GUCCCGCCCCCUCGCGAGCUCCUGCCUGCCUCAGGUGGUUGGUGGAAACCAGCAGCAGCCUCCACUUGUGCUCUCGGGUCGUCGCCCAGCGGGGGAGCUGGAAGCCGGGGCUGGCGGGCUGGGCGGUGGGCUUGAACGACCAGCGCGGUGGAAGUGGCCUUUUUACGCCGCCAGACGGCAACGGGCGAGGGAGCCUGACCGGACCCCUGCUGCUGUGUUGCUGUUCAGAGGACCAUGAACAAGAUGAAAACUUUCAAGCGUCGUUUUUCCCUUUCGGUUCCCCGGACUGAGACCAUUGAGGAGUCUCUGGCAGAAUUCACAGAGCAAUUCAACCAGCUCAACAACAGGAAGAAUGAAGACAUGGCACAAGGACAUCUGCACCUGGGACACCUAAGCAGGGACAUCCGGUCACAAUCCAGUUCCACUUCGCCUUUAGAAGGUCGGUCCCCAACCACUGUAAGAUACCGAAAUGGCAAUCAGCGCCGCUUUUCUAUGGAGGAUGUCAGUAAGCGCCUCUCUCUUCCCAUGGAUAUUCGUCUGCCUCCAGAGUUCCUGCAGAAACUGGAGAUGGAAAAUCCAGAAAUUUCAAAGCCUCUUAGUAGGAUGUCUCGUCGGGCUUCUCUUUCUGAUAUUGGAUUUGGGAAGAUGGAAACUUACGAUAAAAUGGACAAGCUAGGGGAGGGCACCUACGCUACUGUCUUUAAAGGGCGUAGCAAGCUCACCAAGAACCUGGUUGCCCUGAAGGAGAUUCGUCUGGAACAUGAAGAAGGAGCCCCUUGCACAGCUAUACGGGAGGUUUCCUUACUGAAGAACCUCAAGCAUGCAAACAUUGUAACUCUUCAUGAUAUCAUCCACACAAAAUGUUCCCUCACUCUUGUCUUUGAGUAUCUGGACAGUGACUUGAAGCAGUAUCUGGAUAAUUGUGGGAACCUGAUGAGUAUGUACAAUGUAAAGAUCUUCAUGUUUCAGCUGCUGCGUGGUCUGUCUUAUUGCCAUCGACAUAAGAUCCUGCACAGAGAUCUGAAGCCACAGAAUCUGCUCAUUAAUGGGAAAGGGGAACUGAAACUUGCUGAUUUUGGUCUAGCCAGAGCCAAGUCUGUCCCAACGAAAACUUACUCCAAUGAAGUGGUCACUUUGUGGUACCGGCCUCCUGAUGUCCUACUGGGAUCCACAGAGUACUCUACUCCCAUUGACAUGUGGGGUGUGGGUUGCAUACACUAUGAAAUGGUCACAGGGCGCCCCAUGUUCCCAGGAUCCACUGUGAAAGAGGAGCUGCAUUUAAUAUUCAGGCUACUGGGAACCCCUACAGAAGAAUCUUGGCCUGGUAUUACAUCCAAUGAGGAGUUCAAGGCUUACAACUUCGCACAGUAUCGAGUCCAGCCCUUGAUAAAUCAUGCACCAAGACUGGACACAGAAGGAAUUGAUCUGCUGAUGAAUCUACUCUUGUAUGAUGCCAGAAGACGCAUUUCAGCUGAAUUGGCCUUGCGACACCCUUACUUUAUGACUCUAGGUGAACGAGUGCAUCUCCUUCCUGAGACUGCCUCCAUCUUUUCUCUGAAGGAAAUACAGCUACAAAAAGAUCCUGGCUACCGAGGAUCAGGCUUUCAGCACUCGGCUCGAGGGAAGAACAGGAGGCAAAGCAUAUUUUAACUCUGGAUUAUUCGAUCUAAGUGCCACCAGGGAGUUCAAAAUACUGAGAGGUGAAAGGACCACAUAGAUCGUAUGGAGCCUUUUCCUAGAAUGAUGAAGGCUGGCAUCCACAGCACAGGACCUCUGCCUUGAGCCUCUGCACUGUUGUUGUCCAGAAUUCCACAACUUUUACCAGAUAAAGCCCUGGGGUCCAGCCCCUUGUUCUUUAUGUAGCCAUCGGUCCCCCCCCCCCCUCAAGGGGGCGCAAGGAUCUUCAUCUAGCUUAUUACUGCUCUAAAUGUGGUCCUGGAAUGCCAUGUGCUGGCCAUUGCUUUGGAGGGAGGCAAAAUGGAAGCAGCAGGCAGGGGCCAGGACUUCACUGCACAAUCAAUGCCUGUUUUGCUUCUGAGGUCUGGAUGCCCCAUUCUGAUGAAUGUACUGCAUCCCAUUGUUUAUUUUUCCUCAUCAUGAGGUGACGCCUUUGAGGAUUAUCUAAGGUGACCUGCAGACAUGAUGAAUACGAUGUUAACAGUGGGAAGCCCUUUGAUCCACUCCAUGCAGAGCUGUCUGGCUUUGAACUUAAAAAGGAGACCUUGAGAAUUUAACUAGGGGGGGAAAUGCCAAUUUUCCUAUGAGUUUCUUCUGUUCUGUUUCUGAAUGGUUCAAACAUAGGGUAGGAGUAUGGAGGCCCUUUGCUGGAUUUUCUUGGUCCUCUCAUUCCUUGCCUUUCCCUCUUCCCCAGGCUUUGUUUUUUUUAAUUCAAACUGCUCUGUCAGGAGCUCCAGAAUUAGAUUUUUCUCGAAACAGCAUUUAUGGUUGCCAAGCAUGAUCUAAAUCAUGUUUUAUUAGAUUUAUACCCAGUGAUUCUGAGAAUAUCCCUUUCACAUCCCAAGAAUCAUUCAUCUAAAACCCACCACUAAAUAAAUGGAUGCACUUUCCUGGGGGUGGGGGCAUGGAGAUUAUUCCCCAACCAAGUAACUCAAGGACUGUAAGAAUGUCUGAGCCUCUAUUAAACCUCAUUGCAUAAUGUGAAA